AACGACCGGCGGGCGGCGGCGCGGUUCAGAGGAGCGGUGGGCUGAUCCUAAUUUACGAAAUCUUUGGGGGAGGAUGCCGAUCGACAUGCCGCGGGGGCUCCCCUUCGCCGUCGACACCUGGGGCCCCUCCUCCCGCCGCCGGCGCCACCGCUUCCUCACCCACGCGCACCUGGACCACCUCGUCGGCGCCGGGGCCGCCGCCGAUGGAGCCGGCACCGUCUACGCCACCAGCCUCACCUUGUCGCUGGCGCUUCGCCGCUUUCCCCAGUUGGAGAGGUGGGAGUUGGUGGAGAUGGAGGUGGGGAGGACGGUGGUGGUGGAUGAUCCCGCCGGCGCGUUCUCCGUCACCGCGUACGACGCCAAUCACUGCCCUGGGGCGGUCAUGUUCUUGUUUGAGGGUGAGUUCGGUAGCAUACUGCACACAGGGGACUGUCGACUUACACCGGAUUGUGUACAGAAUUUGCCACUGAAGUACAUAGCAAAGAAAGGAAAAGAAAACAUUUGCCAGCUUGACUUUAUCUUCCUGGAUUGCACUUUUUCCAAGUGCUUCCUUAAGCUACCGAGCAAAGAGUCAGCAAUUCAGCAGGUUAUAGCUUGCAUAUGGAAGCAUCCACAUGCACCUUUCGUUUAUCUCGCUUGUGAUCUUCUUGGGCAUGAAGAUAUCCUAGUUGAGGUAUCAAGGACAUUCGGAUCGAAGAUUUAUGUUGACCGGAAAUUGGAUUGUUUUAAAACGCUAUCGCUCACAGCACCUGAAAUCAUCACUGAUGAUCCAUCUUCUCGCUUUCAGAUGGUUGGAUUCCACCAAUUAUAUGACAGAGCAAGUAAGAAGCUUGAAGAGGCAAGGGCAAGUCUCCAGCCAGAACCCUUAUUUAUCCGUCCAUCAACACAGUGGUAUGCAAGCUGCGCUCGAAGCCAGAAACCCAGUCUAACAGAAGCUGAGCAGGAUGAGUUUGGGUUCUGGCAUAUUUGUUUCUCCAUUCACUCUUCUCGUGAUGAGUUGGAGCAGGCACUGCAACUUCUCCAGCCUCAGUGGGUCAUUUCAACAACUCCCCCAUGCUUUGCCAUUGAGCUGAGCUAUGUAAAGAAACAUUGUUUCAAGACCCGCUUAACAGCUGAUGAUCCAUUGUGGAAAAUAUUCAGAGAUCCUCUUGGAAAGUCUGUGUCCUCCCCUUCUUCGGUGCUUGCUUCUGAAACACACACAGACGAAAAUAAGUCAAUUUUUCUUGUCGAUGAUGAUCAUCCAUCCUCUGCCAGUGAAGAAUGUUCAUAUUUAAAUGUAAGCACCCUUGAACUGAAAUUUGUGUCAUCGCUUCCACCUGAAGAACCAGACAUUACGUUGUUUGGAAGAGCAAGGUUUGCCUCUCAAGCAAUUGACAUAAUGAAAGAAGAGUUAUGCAACCAGUACGUUGCCUUUGAAGAAGCCACGGCAUGUGCACCGACAGAUUCGGUUCAUGGUAGCAGUGAAGAUGUUGAAACAUGUUCUGAGAUGCAUAUCAUCAUGAAGCAAGCAUCAGCCUCCCAACAGAAUCACGUGGAAGCUGGAGAUGAAGUCCCCUGCUGUCAGCGUGAAGCGUCCCCAAUGCAGUCUGAAGUAUUCCAAGUUCAAUCAUUGCAUACUGUUCAACGCGAUAUGUUAGUGCGGGUUGAUCAACAUGAAAAGUCUGGAGCUCCAAUAGAGUCAAAAUCAUUAAGUUCUGCUGAAGACUCAAACCUUUCCAUGGUCAGAAGUGAAGAAAGAACUGAUUGUCAAAAGGAACACUCGUGCAUUAUUGGGUCAUCGAAAUGUUUGAAUGCAAGUUUGAAGAGGUUCUACAGAUCAAGGAAUAUCCCUGUCCCUCGACCUCUCCCGUCACUUGUCAGACUUUUGGAAUCCUCUAAACGGGUCAAAAUGCAACCAAGCACUAAUAAUUCAUUGAAUUCGCGACACAGCUUACCCUAACGACAUGAUUGAGCUUAUACCUGCAUAUGGCAUAUUGUGAUAACCAAAAUAUUCAGUUUCUCUUGAGUGUACAAGAAUACCUGGAUUAUUUCGGAAGAGGAUACAUGUAUAGUGUUUAUCCAGCUUGAUAAGCUUGUGAGGAGAUUUGUACGAUUUUCAAAAUGUUGUACAGAAAAUUGAUGUAAUUACAUGAUAAUUCUAUUGGAUAACCUGAAGUGAUUUGUUCUUCUACCA